AUGAAGGUCACCAUCGCAACUUCUCUCCUCUCUAUGCACGCUGCGGGCGUUCUCGCUGUUCCUGUUGCAGAGGGAAACUCUGUGCUGUCUGCCCGACAGAACACGGGCCUCUAUGAGAGUGAGGACGGUGGCUUUGCUAUCGUCGAGUACGGAGACGGGAAGUUGAACUAUGGUGGCCGCCUACCCUCUAGCGUCUUGGAUCUCAUUAGAGACGAGUGCGGAGAGACAGCCUGCAACCCUUCUGGAGGUUUGGGUUUCACGACCGUCGUUGUCACCAACGAUCGUGGCAACGAUGUAGACUACACUGUCAGCGUCGAGGGCAGCUUCAACCUCGACGGGCAAAGGGGAAGCAAGUCGCAACUGCUUGACCUUGCCAAGAUGGCUUUUCAGGAAGUUUUCAAUGCUGGCGUUGCUAAGCUACGAGAGGACGUUGUCUAUAUUACGGGCGAAUGUCCUCCCAGCCAGGUUCACGGCUGCCCUGGUCAAUCAUCAGACACUACUGACCAGUGGGAGAGCACCGACCACGUCCACGUCCGAAUCAAUGACGACAGCGGCAACAUGAAGGGAUUCCUCAAUGUCGGCGUUGCUAUGAGCGACAGCGACGCGGGUACCGGAAUCUGUGAAUCUCUUUCGGCUGCUUCAGCCGGAGUCGGCCUCGUUAACGCUGCCGCUGGUGCUGGGAUUUCUAUGUUGUCUAUUGGCUGUGGAUUGCUUACAGGAUAA